AUGCGAUUAUUGUUAAGUAUAUUAUUUGUAGUACUAGGAUCAUGUGGGGUAUUGGGAGCAUUGCCUCACACCUGCUCCUGUAUACCUGGAUUUUUAAAUGCCAAACUAAAGCUGUCUGCUCCAAAAGCCUUCAGGGAGUUUGGAAUUGUUCCGAGAUUCUUGCCGGUCCCGCCUAAGGACAAGCUAAAUAGUGCUUUUAUGACAGCAAAUGUGGAGUUAGGAAAUUUCAUUGAUCCACUCAGAACAGUAGACACGAAGUAUAUUGCGUAUCCACAUGGAAAGAGUGAUGUCAAUUAUACGUUAUUCCUCGUUGGCCUGUACGUAAAUGUACCAAACAGCAGGAACUUAUUGGUUGGGGGUGACAUAGCUGUACCUUUUAUUCCACCUAUGCCAAAUAUAGGAACUCGUAUUCACAGACCAGCAGCACUGUUGUAUGAGCAGAACGACCACAUUGACCCUGAUGAUAUGGAAUUGAUGAAAUUGAUCAAAACUCGUGUUAUACAACUGGAACCAAUGGUCAAGAAGCAUAAUCUCAAACCCGAGCCCGUAGCGGGGACUUUCUACACGACUGAACUAAGUCUAUGUGGAAACAUCAUACACUAA